AUGAAACGAGUGCACCUGAUCCGGGGAGAAGAUGAAACUGAGGACAUUUUCUUGAAUCGGUUAGUCGGAUUCCUGCAAUUUGAUGUAGAAAUUGGUCGCUGGAAUUGUUGUUGUUGCCUUCCCCUACUGCUGAUACCAUCCUUGAACUCGAUCGUCGGAAAAUACGUGUUUUCCAGAAAAAUGUACGCCGCAAGCCACCGUGGAAGAUGCAUCGGACUUGAAGUACCUAAAAGGGGUUAUACAAUAAAAGAAAAAGAGCCGAGAGAAAAAGAAAAAACACAGAUCUGGUCAUCGGAGGAGGCUUUACCGGUCAGAUCUGGUCCUUAUAGCAUAGGAGAUGGAGAGAGGAUGGUCCUACGGAGUCAAGUUAGAGCAUCUCAGUCUUCUGUGCCGAAUUCUGGUGAAGCUAAUAGUUCAAUUCCGCUGCAUCCUCAACCGCUUAAUGUGGCCCCCAUCAGCUGGUAUUCAUCGACACCAGAUAUCAAUGCUGGUUCAGUCUCAGUUGAAGCUAUAACUUCGCUGUCCAAGCGGAGCAACUCUCAGCAGCAUGCUGGGGGUCAGCCUGCAGUGGUUUUUUUCUCUGCUUGUCCAGCCAGAGAGGAGCGGGACAAUUUUAUAAAUCAUGCUAAUGGCAUGGCUGCCCUUACUGGAUCGGCUUUGUUGGGACAGGUUGGGUCAUUCAUGGGUUCAGUUGAUAUAGCUGAAUCUGAAGAUGCUUAUGUAUUCCGUGUUUCAUUUCCCGGUGUUGCUAGGGAUGAAAAAGUCUUUCGCUGUGAUGUUGGACCAAAUGGGAGAAUUCUCAUAAGAGGGGUGAGCGUGACCGAAGAGAGGAAGGUUCACAGGAAGAAUAUGGUCUUUAAGAUGCAAACUCAGAACUUAUGCCCGCCGGGUGAAUUUACUGUUUCAUUCCAGCUACCAGGUCCAAUUGAUCAUCUAAACUUGUCUUGUAAUUUUGGACCUGACGGGAUUUUUGAAGGCAUUGCGAAGAAAAAACAGCAGGUCCUUUAAGGUCCAGUGAAAUAUUUAGAUCAAAAUCCUUCAUCUCUAUGGUAGGGAGAAGCCAAAUUUAGAAGACCAGGAGCAAUGCUGCAGUUGAUUCUGGGAUCUUUGUGCAGCUUUUAGCCUUAUUUUGCAUCAUGCUUUAGUUCUUUUGUGUGUGUGCCGUCUUGUUGGUUCCAUCGUUAAGACUUACUAAGGGUGUGGCUACCCGAACUUAGCCACUUCUACAGAAUUGGAAAAUUGGGCUCGAACUAAUAGAUUUUGACUUUUGUUACGGGGUUGUUUGGUGUAAGGUAUAAGUAAUCCAAGGAAUAAGUUAUCCCGGGAUAAAAUAAAAGUUCACUUAAAUCCCUUGUUUGGUUGGAGGGAUUAAUCCAUGGUGGGAUAACUUAUCCCACCAUUUUUCCCACAGUGAUUGGAUAACUUAUCCCAUAUACAUGGUGGGAUAAGUUAUCCCGGGAUAACGAUUUCCCAACCAAACGUUAAUUUGUCCCUGUUGUUUAA